UUCCCUUUCAAAGAGUGGCCCGUUUGCAACCGAAUACAAAAGAACCACUUAUUACAAGGACAACUUCAAAGUAAUUGAGCCAGUUGAAUAUUUUUUAGAAUCGUCCUCUCAAAAAAAGUUUGUUUAUAUUCCAAUUUUGAAAGUUUUGACCGAGUUGUUGAACCGUGAUGACAUUUUGGAUAAAGUCCUGCAGGAAACUGCUGACCAGUCCGGUCAGAUUAAGACAUACAGAGAUGGACUGUACUGCAAAGGCAAUCCUUUGCUCUCCUCAGAGAGUUUAAGCAUUGCACUUGGGAUGUAUAUAGAUGACUAUGAGGUAUGUAACCCACUGGGAACAUCAAAAAAAAAGCAUAAGGUCUGUGCAGUGUAUUGGGUGAUAUCAAACUUGCCAGCACAGUAUAGGUCUUCAGUACAGUCAAUUUUUCUGGCUUGUCUGUGUAAUAGCAAUGAUGUAAAGAAUUAUGGCUAUGAUGCCAUUUUUCAACCACUGAUUAGGGACAUUCAAGUCCUUGAAGAGGACGGAUUGUAUGUUCAAAAAUUGGGAACAAGUGUCAAGGGUUCUGUGUUGUAUGUGUCAGCGGACAACUUGGGGGCCCACUCACUAGCUGGCUUUCAAGAAAGUUUCAAUGUUGAUAAAUUCUGCAGAUUUUGCCUAGCUAGUCGCAAGGAUAUUGACUUGCAUGAAGUCAGAGAGGGGGUGUUUCCACUCAGGACGAUUGAAACUCACAAACAGACCCUUGAGGAAUUGAAGACGAAUUCACUGGUUUCUCUGGAUGGAGUAAAGAGAGACUGUGUUCUUGAUAAACUUAAUUAUUUCCAGACAGUGCAAGGGUUUCCUCCAGAUUUUAUGCAUGACCUGUUUGAAGGUAUAGUACCAACAGAGUUAAGUCUUUGCAUAAAGUCCCUUAUUUCCAAAAGGUACUUCACAUUAGAUGACCUUAAUGACAUCAUCAAGUCUUUUCCUUUCAAGUUUACUGAUAAAACUAACAAACCACAACAAAUUUCAAAGACAUUUGUGUCAAAACAUUCAAUUGGUGGAAACUGCCAUGAAAACUGGACUCUGUUAAGGCUACUGCCAUUGAUGAUGGGUCACAGAGUACCAGAAGGAGACAAAAUUUGGCAAAUCAUACUAGAUCUGAAAGAUAUUGUUGAGCUCCUAGCUACUGGACAAUUCACUGAUGAGACACUGUGCUACUUGGAGUCCAAAAUCUCAGAGCACAGGUGCUUGCUGAAAGAGUGUUUUCCAGAUUUCCACAUUCUCCCGAAGCAUCAUUUUUUAGAACAUUAUCCUGAAAUGAUUAGUCGAUUUGGGCCUCUGACUGAUUUUUGGACUAUUCGCUUUGAGGCGAAACACAACUUCUUUAAGAGAGUUGUACAUGAUGGUAAAAACUUCAAGAAUGUCUUGCUCACUCAGGCCAAAAAGCACCAGCUUGCUUUGGCUUACUACCUUGAUUUGCCAAGUGUUUUCAAACCUGAUCUAGAAGUAGGACAUGUUGCUGUCGUUUCACCUGACACACUUGAACGUUCAGUGAGGCAGGCCAUUGAGCAUAAAUAUGGAAACACAAACACUGUAUUUCUUUCAACCCAUGCAUGCAUUAAUGGUACCAAGUACUCGGAGGGAAUGUUUUUGUCUGUAGGGCACACCAGUGGACUGCCUGACUUUGGCGAGAUUGUUAAAAUGAUAAUUGUUAACAACAAAGUGUCAUUCAUCCUCAAACCUUUCAAAGCCUGGUACAUAGAGCAUUUGCGAAGUUAUGAGCUGACGAGUAAUUGCACUUCUGAACUGCAGGUUGUGGAACCCCAGGAGCUUAAUGGAUACCAUCCACUUUAUCCAUAUGUAAGAGCUGGAAAGCUAUACAUCACACCAAAAACCUUCUUGCUUCACUAAGUUGAAGAGAAACCCUGGAAUUUCCUAUUCUUAUAACAAAAUGCUGUUUCGCGUGAUCAUCUCCCCACAGAACAUUCAAAAAGUUAGACUUGAUCCUGUUCCAGAUUCUGUUGAUGGCCUCAAGCUUGAACUUAAAAGCAUGCUCCAGCUGAAAGACCCUUUUGACCUUCAAUAUGAAGAUGAAGAUUUCCAUGAUUUCUGUAACCUUACACAUUUAGCUGAUCUGCCCAAAGACAAGGUGACACUGAAGGUCCUUUUCACCACCUUUCCAGAUACACUCUCAGACUCCAGUUUAGACACUGUAAUUUUAAGUGAAUCAUCAUCUCCAUCAACUUCUUCACCCAGCAUCCAUUCAGAGCCAUCUGCCACCCGUUUGCAGCCAUGGCCAACUGCCUUUCCCAUCCCAGUUUUUACAUAUGAUGUGGAGCUGAGGCUAAGACAUGGUAAUGAGGCAUUUCGAAAGGAUGGAACACUUCUGUCAAUUCCCAGGGACAUGAAGAUUGAGAUCCUUGAGAAACUUGCAGAAACCAUAUACUCAUACAAAGCCUACCCUGGGAAUGAAGAGAUUGACAGUGUAGCGGCCGCCUUAAUUGAAAAACACCCCUGUCUUAAAGAGCCAAGCUCCACAUCUGGAUGGUAUGGGUGGAAAAUUAGUUUAAAGUUUAAGAUGGGAAACUACAGACAAAAGCUGAGAGAUGCAGGUUGUCAGGAAUUGAAAGUGAAUUCUGAAAAGAGAGGUCUUGGGGAGACGAGAGGAAAGCGAAACAAAGUGAAGAAACCUAGACGUUGUGAAACAAAUUUUCUUCCAGAUCUACCUCAGGGCAAAGACAAGGAAAAUUUAGAUAAAGAAAGAGAGCAAAUAGCUGAUGAGAUGAAGAAGAGGACUCCAGACAUCACCUUUGUUGAUGCUGCUAUGAGUAGCACAUAUUCUUUGAGAAGACAAGAAGUCGUUGAGGAGGAGCCACCAGUGUCACAAAUGAAAGUCCGAUGGCCUGCACUUUUUACGGAGAGACAGAUCAGCAAAGAAUUCACCAGGCUUGUGUCAAAGGACCUGAGCAAGUCCUUUUUUGAAGGCCUAGAUGGUCAUCUCUCAAAGCUGAUACAGUUAUUCAGGUCAAAGCGUUAUGAGGACAUUCCAGAAAUGACUUCAAUACUGGAGAGCCUUGAUAAGGAUGUGAGUCAAUUUGUUUUAAAGCAGUCUUUAUAUCCCCCAAAUGACAAUUGUGAAUAUUUACUCACUUUCAUGUUUGUCUAA